AUGGGAAGAGCUCCUUGCUGUGACAAAGCAAAUGUGAAGAAAGGACCUUGGUCUCCUGAAGAAGAUGCUACACUCAAGGACUAUAUCGAGAAAUUCGGCACCGGUGGAAAUUGGAUUGCUCUUCCUCAGAAAAUCGGGCUAAAGAGAUGUGGGAAGAGCUGCAGAUUAAGAUGGCUUAAUUACUUGAGGCCUAACAUAAAGCAUGGUGGAUUUACUGAGGAAGAAGAUAAUAUUAUCUGCAGCCUCUACAUAAGUAUUGGGAGCAGAUGGUCGAUAAUUGCUGCCCAGCUGCCUGGAAGAACAGACAACGACAUCAAGAACUACUGGAACACGAGGCUCAAGAAGAAGCUCCUCGGCAGGCGCAGGCAGUCAAACUUGAACCGGGACUCGGGUGUUUCCAGUCGAGACCCAAAGUUAUACGCAACCGAAGGCGAAACAACCCGUGACAUUUCGCAAAACCUUAGCCACUCGGCCCUCGAAAGGCUUCAACUCCACAUGCACCUUCAGAACCUUCAAAACCCUUUGCCUUUCGACAAUAAUAAUCCUUCACCUUGGCCAAAAUUAUUGCACCCCAUUCAGCAAAAAAUGAUACAAACCCUAAAUUCUAUGAAUGGAAACCAAAACAACUUGAUUAUCUCUCAAGCUGCUCCUAAUGAUUAUUGUCCUUUAAGCGAUUCAAAAACCGAUAGAUUUGAAAAUUCGUCUAAUAAUUUUUCGUCUUUUGAUCAAAGCCCAUUUGUCUCGAACGGUGACCAAAUAUUUUUUACCGAAUCGGAAACUACGGAGCAAAGUGUGAUAGAUGGCCAGCUUAUAAGCUCGGGUUUCACUCAAACCGAGCUCUACGAUUUGCUCAAUUGUAAAACUUCCGGUUUUUAUCCGAAUACUGAGAGAAAUUACAUAGCGGAAAAUGAUUGUUUUAAAGAGACGAAUGGUGGAUUGAAGGACAAGCUCGGAUGGUGGACGAACGAAUGGGACGCCGCCAGCUCAGCGUCGUUAGGAUCGUGGCCCGGUUCGGACGACAUGCUUCAAGUUCAAUGUGGAGAAAUGUACCAAUAG